UCCUCAGGGGCCGAAGGGUGUUCGUCUCCCAGCCGCGGGGAGGGAGGAAGAGUUUGAUGGAGAAUCGGUCGGAUGACAGCGGGAACUGUUGUUAUCACCGGGGGAAUCCUAGCGACGGUCAUCCUACUGUGCAUCAUUGCCGUGCUCUGCUACUGUAGGCUACAGUACUACUGCUGCAAGAAAGAUGAAUCUGAUGAGGAAGAGGAGGAGGAGGAGGAGGAGGAGGAGGAAGAGCCUGACCUUCCCGCUCACUCGCGUCUCGGCACUUGCAAUGCCUGCAACUCUCGCAUCGUGGACGGCCAGGGCAGCCCCGCGCCCCCACCCAACGAGCUCAACCAGCAAGGGGCUCACAACUACUGCCCGACCUGCUCCCCCUACGGCUCUCCCUUUUACAUACGGACUGCCGACAUGGUGCGCAAUGGGGGCGAGAGGAUCACCUACACGCCGACGUGCUACAAGGAGAUGGGGCAGCCCAUCAGCAUGGCGACCCUCCAAAGCUACCCGGUGAGCCGCCACGGUGUCUUUCGCGAGAGCUUCCCAAACCCGAGGGCUAUCAGUACAGAAGUAUAAUCACCAUCGUCACUAGCACAGGGUGCUCCAAGCAGACGCCUGCUCGAGGGAAGGGGCUUUUCACUUGUAUUUGUGGGGGUUCGUGCAGAGAGGACCCCGUAGUCCAGUCCAAGACCAGCACAGUCCUCCGGCUGAACUGCCCGGCACUGCUAAGCUUUAUGGGUAAGAAGAUGAGAGAGACGUCAAAGGACGACGUUAAAGCAGCAAUCCUUGAACCUGUAAUAAGUGUAAUUAUUAUUCUAUUCUGUCUCCUGAAGGGACUUGUCUAAUGAGGGCUAUGUACAGUACAAACUAACUUAACUAUCGAAGACUUCCCUGACCUUCCAGACUUCCCAAGCCUAGAAGGAGGUCUUUGGUAUCUACACUAAGCAACCCUACCUGUCACUACCCAAUACCCACAGCCUCCAGUACGGUCGAACUGAGCGCACAGAGCAACGCUUGGCAUCCUGGCAGCCGCUGCCUCCAGUAGUGACAGCAGCAACAGGGCAGAGGGAAGGAGAGAGGCGGAAAAUCCCAACAGCGAGUGCUCCGAACUGAUGGAAGAGCAAAUAAGCAAAGGUUUUGAUUGUUCUUCUCUCCUCAUACUGCAUUAGUUUCCAUUAAUGGUUAGCUUUUGUAUUAGAAUGUAAAAUAGGACGCGCUCUCUCCCACUCGCUUUGGUCUUUACACGCGCUGAAGAAGUUAAAGAGGAAACGAAUUUAGAUCACUGCAAGGGGAGGUGAAGGAGCUGGCAAAACUGCUCACAUACACUAAUGGACACGGGUUGAUCCUUCUGCUUCCGAAGCCCCCAUGCCUUUUAAUCUUCACAAGCUUUCUUAGGAGUGAUUUUAACUUGGGCCAAUAAACAUGUCAAGAUUUUACGUACGGCAAGAAUUGCAUCCUUAAGCAACUGCGGUCUUGAUCACCCUCAGCUUUCAAAGCCCUCUGAUUACCCUGAUGCUUCUGGCAAAAUGGAAGAAAGAUUGUGUUUAGGACAGCUUUUGUUUUUGACAGCAACAGAGCAGACCACCAGGUCACUCUUCCUCCUUUGAUGGGACCACGACCUCCAAGGGGCACCCCUCCUUUCCCCUCUGAGGAAGAGGAUGCAAGACCUGAGCCCGGGUUCAUCACCUCUGCGGCCGGUAAUGACAACUCGGCAGUGACACUGUCUUUCUGCAAAAAUGAAUGUGGGAAAGUUCCUUCUUCCUCCAUAAAUCAGAUUAGGUGAAAAAUUACUAAAAAGGCAUCUCCGUCAUUCACAGGCACUUCCAUAGCAACCAAAGCAGGAUGGGUCUGCUGAGCACUUCUCAUUCAUGGUAGGGAGGAGGGACCCAGACAGCAAAGAUUCCCACAGCCUUACAGAUGUCAUUAGAAGUAACAGCAGGAAAAUGCUUACCCUGCUUUUGCAAUAUAUAGUAGAACUGCUCAGAAAUGAGAGUGGGGCUUUUUUCCACUAGUACAGUUUUGAAAUUGGCCUGCUGCUCACAGAAGGAUUUGGACUGACUGGUCUUAACUUCCCUAUUUAUGCACAGCUAGAGUAGGACUCGGUAUGAAGGCACACGUCGUCUGAGCUUCAGGCAAAAGGCUACCUUACACUUUAGACUGGUUCAUGCCUUGGCACCUCUGCUCAGACUACCAGAAGAAAGGGAGCCAAAGGAAUACUAAAUAUAAUAGCAGUACUUGUAAUCCAAACAUAUUUCCUCAGGCCCCAUUUACACGGCCUUUUGUCCAACAUUAUUCACUAUCUCCCCCAAUCUCUAGACCAGAAAGACACUGUAUUUCCAUUAUCCUGAGACUCAGUCUAGCUGCAUCUCUUUUAGAGUCUCCUUCAAUUCUCCCAAUAGUGAUAGAAGGUCUUUAAACGGUCUCUCAUGUUGUGGGCAGGAAGAAGAAAAUCAUACUGUAGCGACAAAGUGCUCUGGAUCCCACUAGCUGAUAGUCUGUAGCUCCUACUGCUGCCUGUCCAGACAGUACUCUUCCCAGAUAAUAUAGUCUCUAACUGUUCUUCUUGGCUAACUCAGCAAAUCCUAUCUUUUCCUGUUAGAGCAUCUGCCCAGCUAAGCCUCCACCCCACUAGGAGCCACAAGAAGUUCAGGUGCCAUGGUGUGAGCUGCAGGCUCCCACCUGCACUGCUCUGCCAGGCAGCCCUGAAGCUCCAUCUCGGCCAAGGGUGCAGAACCAGCUCAAGGAUGCUACGUGUCCUGGCAUCCAAUUCUACCUCUUGGUGCGAAGCAAGGCUUCCCACCGCCACGGCAGUAUGUGCUGGCCUGUUGCCUUGAGAGGGUGGUGAUAACACACCAGGCUCUUGCAUCUGUGGGUCAUCCUUCUGGUAAAAGGCCUCCAUAGCCAACCUUCUGGAAGGCAACCAUAAUGUCAUCUUCAUCACAUGCAAAUUAAGUAUAACCUCUUGCCAACCACCAAGGUGCCAAGACUGGCAAGGCAAUUCCAUAGUAGCUGGAUGGCCAAGACGAGGAUUAUCCUCAAAGCCAACAUACGAAACCCUGGGCCUGACGCAUCUACAAAUGAAUGGGUGAGUCUAAAAGGGCAGGAACCAUGGGCGACCCAAGCUUUUGGGGAAGCUUUUGGGGA